AUGACCCACCCCCAGACCCACACCUCUAUGACCCACCCACAGAACCACACCUCCUUGACCCACCCCAAGACCCACACCUCCAUGACCCCCUCCCCCCAUGACCCACCCCCAGACCCACACCUUCAUGACCCAUCCCAAACCCUCACCUCCAUGACCCACCCCCAGACCCACAUCUCCAUGACCCACCCCAAGAUCCACACUUCCAUGACCCACCCCCAGACCCACACCUCCAUGACCCACCCCCAGACCCACACCUCCAUGACCCUACCCCAGACCCACACCUCCAUGACCCACCCCCAGACCCACACUUCCAUGACCCUACCCCAGACCCACACCUCCAUGACCCUACCCCAGACCCACACCUCCAUGACCCACCCCAGACCCACACCUCCAUGA